GCUAGUUCCGAGAGUGAGAGAGUCUCUCUGAAUGGCUGAACCUACAAAUGAAACAGAACUUUUAGUUUCAUGUUUCUCAAAACAAGGCUAUACCAUCUACACAAAGAAGCAAUAUUUACAGGGGCUUCAUCACUUCGUGGGAUUUUUAUUGAACAAGUAGCCAGUUUUGGAUAAUGAUGAUUUCCGUUAAGUUUUUUUCAUUAUUUGAGAUGACAGGAAUUCGGAAUCGGUGAUCAAUCAAUCGCUUGAUCGAUCAAUGACAUUGUAUAUGUCUAUAUUUAGAGCUUUUAACAAAAACACGUAGCAGUGUCUUAUCAGCGGUGAGAUAGUGUCAAUUGCAUUCUACGAGGAAAGUUGUGGUUUGUAGAAGUCGAUUAUAACGUUUUACCCUGAUAAACAUAAAGGAGGCGGGUAUGUAAGGGAGAAAGCAAGGAACGAAGAAAAGCUUUGUAGCCUAUUAACAGCAAGCCAUCCUGUGAGGAAACUGAGCGGAGGAGGAGAUGUACAUAUUCUGGCUAGCUCUCUUUCUGAUAGAGGAAGGCUUUGCAUUGGCACAGAAAACCAAAGACUCUCAGAAUGUGGGUAAGAUUUCCCAGAAUGCCCGACAGUGUGGCACCUGGAUCAGAAACAUCAACGGGGGGCAGUUCAGCUCUCCAAACUACCCUAAAAUCUACCCUCCCAACAAAGAGUGCCUCUACAUACUGGAAGCCCUGCCCCGUCAAAGGAUCGAGCUUCUGUUUGAUGACAUCUUUUACAUUGAGCCGUCCUUUGAGUGUCGUUUUGACCACAUCGAGGUGAGAGAUGGUCCGUUCAGUUUCUCUCCUCUGAUCAACCGCUUCUGUGGCUCCUCCAGCCCAGGCCUGGUGCUCUCCAGCGGACGAUUCAUCUGGAUCCGCUUCUCCAGUGAUGAAGAGCUGGAGGGACUGGGCUUCAGGGUCCAGUACACCUUUACCGCAGACCCAGAGUUUCACCUCCACGUGGGAGGAAUAUUAAAUCCUAUUCCAGACUGUCAGUUUGAGCUAAGUGGAGCUGAUGGUAUGAUCCGGUCCGGUCAGGUGGAGGAGGAGGACAAAGUCAAACCUGACCAGGCGGUCGACUGUAUCUGGACCAUACGAGCUCCGCCCAACUUCAAGAUCUACCUGCGGUUUCUGGAGUAUCAGCUGGAGAAUUCGAAUGAGUGUAAGAAGAACUUUGUGGCCGUGUACGAUGGCAGCAGUGCCAUAGAGGACCUCAAGGCCAAGUUCUGCAGUACCGUUGCCACUGACGUAAUGCUUGACAACGGGGUGGGCGUGGUCAGGAUGUGGGCGGACGAAGGCAGCAGACUCAGCCGCUUUCGCAUGCUCUUCACGUCUUUCGCAGACCCCCCAUGUUCAGGCGACAUGUUCUUCUGCCACAGUAGCAUGUGCAUCAACAACUCUCUGGUGUGUAACGGGGUGCAGAACUGUGUCUUUCCCUGGGACGAGAGCAACUGUAAAGAGAAGAAGCCUAAAGGUAUAUUCCAUCACAUUACUAAGACCCAUGGGACAAUUAUAGGUGUGUCUACAGGACUCGUCCUCCUCCUCCUCAUCAUCUCCAUACUGGUGCAGGUCAAACAGCCACGCAAGAAGGUGGUGGCGCGGAAGAGUGCCCUUUUCAAUCGAGCUGACUUCAAGGAAGUGUUUGAACCUCCGCACUACGAACUCUUCUCACUCAGAGAGAAGGAGUUGUCUACGGACAUAGACCUACCAGAAGAACUCCAGUCUCUCAACGCUCUGAGACGUUCCUCCACCACUUCCCGCUGCAUCCAUGAGCACCACUGUGGCUCCCAGGCCUCCGCCAACCCCAGCCGACGUGCUUCCUCUGUGGGCAUAGGAUCCAUGGAGCUGCCCCCCUUCCGGUGCGAGUUCACCCAGGGUCAGCCAGGCUCCCUACCCUCUCUGAGAGGCGUCAACAGCAGCCUGAGGAAGAAGAGCUGGCCUAGUAUGAAACAGGUAGGACUGGUGGGAGGCGAGGGCCUGGUGGACCGGGUAAGGGGGAGGGAGGAUAGGGUGAUGGAAGAGGAGGAAGAAGAGGAGGUGGAAGGAGGGAGGUGUGAUGUGUAUGUACGCAGAGGGAUGAGCAUGAGAUCAAUCUGUGAGAUGUCUCAGCAGAGAUCGAUGUCCAUGGACUUCUGAGAGAGAAUGAGGAGAGGAGGAAGGGGACAGAAAGGAGGAUGUGGUGGAGGAAGGACAAACAAUCAGUAUCCCUUGACACAUUUACUAUGAAGGAAAAUAGAUUGGACCCCAACUCCUAACCUAGACACUCUCUCUGGUAUCUCUGAAACUUCGACUAUCCUGCUGCACUGGAUCUGUGAGUUAAAGGCAUCAUCCGUAACUUCGAUCACCGUUAAAAAGUGCACCCUGACACUUUUUUGAAGGUGACAAUCUGGUAUGCAAACCACAAGUAUGACAACCAAAAAAGAAGAGGAACAGGAACUCACUGAUGUUUUUUUUAAGUUAAUUAUGUUUGUAUUUCAUGUUUUUGUGACAGGGAAAAGAUAAUUUAUGGAGUGUGUCCUUAAAGUGGGCCUUCUUUAACAAAUACUGUUCCAAGGCCGGAGACAGGCCAUAUAGUGUAUAUUUCAAAUUUAUUUCAUGACAUACCUCACUGUGUAUUUUCCCCAAAAGGUUUUUUCCCUAAAGGUUUUUUCUCUCCAUUUGUUGAUUUUGAAUUCAUAGAUUUAGAGAGGAUAGUUGAUUGAGAAUUGUGUUACGGUUAGCACUGGAUGAUAAUGAUGAAGGAUGCCUUGUAUCAUUGUGUUUUUGUUUCGAUUGAUUUUGUUUUGUUUUGUAAUCGAAUAUAUUAAAGAAUGUAGCUCUUGGUGACUGGGGUGAGUUGAGCUGUGUGAUGGUGAGUGAACCAUGUGGCUGUGGUAGAUGAGGAUCAGAGUGAGUUGGCCGGGGUUUCGGUUGAACACUCUCCAACACCCACCCCUCUCUCUGCUGAGACAGCAUGGUUUUAUGAGGCUUCCUGUAAUGGUCUGUCACACCACUACGCAGGCAAGAAAACCCCUCUUGAAACCCUGACUAAUACAACCAAGCAAUAUACAGUCAAUAAACAACCAAAUGUACAAACAAUAUACAUACUGUAUACAGUGAGCUCCAAAAGU